UUUGUGGUGGCGGCGGCGUCACACUUUGUGAGCACAAAAAAAUAAUUCAUGAUUCUGUUUCAAUUUGAAAUCAGAACACAAGUAAAACAAAACCAUGCCAGUUUUUAAUACAAGUUAAACUUAAAUCUCAAGCUAUUUCAAGUUUCAAGUAUGUUCCAACUGUUUAUGAGAAAAUCCAGGCUUGUGCUUAAACAAAUUUAAAUUAUUAUACUAUCCUUCAUAUUCCAUAAUAAUCCUAUUAAUCGAUUAUAAUGGAUUAAAAUGAAACCUAAUUUGCUUGAUUUAUAAUAGUUUAUUCGAGAAUUUUAUGGAGACAAGCCUUGAAAAACUUUUGUAAUCGAUUAUUGUUCAUGGAACUCAUUGCUGGUCCUUAUAAAAAUUAUCUCAAUUCUGAUAAUGAUAAUAUAUUUUUGUCUAAUUUAUGAUGUGUUAACUUUUUAUGUGUUCCUUCUUCACUUUUUAACCACCUAAUAACCUCGUGAGCCAGAUGAGCUAAAUCGAAAGCUUAUGUUUGGCAACUUUUACUCAAUGGAUACAAAUUUUGAUCCAAUACGCGCAAUUUUCUACGGAGUAAUCUACCUUUAUCUUUGCAUCUGUUUUAAAUUAAACACCAGCCAAAUUGCAAUGAACCCAAAACUUCAAUAGACGAUAAUUUAACUCCUUUUUUAUGGCUUUUUCUGCAACCGAAAUGACUGAAUACAUCUCUGACGAGGCUGGAGCAACACCAUCAGGUGACCCAAAUUCAGUCGAAAGUAGAUCAUGCUUUGCUCUCAGUGACGAACAAAAGCGUGCAAAUUUCGACAAUGAGCUCAACAAUUUGAAGAUCCUUUGGCCGGGGCAGUCGUUUAAAAUGUUUGCUAAUGACAAGUUUUUGAAGAAUCUUCUAGUACACCAAUAUCCAGACUGGAAAGAACCAAAAAACAAAUCAUCGAUACCGUGUGUCCGUAUUCCGAAAAUGUUUUUACAUAACGUGGAACUGAGCAAAGCUCUUCGGCAGAAAUAUAAAUCGCUUCAAAAAGGGGAAAAGGGCGAAAGUAUAGUGUAUCGAUGCUUGAUAAACGAGUUUAAAACGGACGACGCAGGAAUUAUUGUUCUCCCAAAUGUUGACGGAAGUCACAUUUUUCAGAAGGAGUCAAUAGGUUGCGUAGAAAUUGACAUGAUUGUUGCCCACCCACUGAAAGGCAUUUUCAUUUUUAAUGUGAAAAACGCAAGCAUGCAAGCCGAAAAUUUGUCAAAGAAUAGAAAAAAGGCUAAGAAAUUGGACGAAAAAAUGAAAUCGGAAAUGCUUGUCCACCUGAAUUUCUUACAAUGUCUUAUGAGCUAUAGAGGAAAUUCUCAAAAAUACCCCAGUACCUCAGAAAAAGAAAUCAGCGCCGAAUCUACAGAAGUUCCAAUUCAUGCAGUAUUUUGCUACCUUGCUGGUAAUAACGAGACAAUAGCUGAGCUUGCAAAAGACUCCCAGUGGUACCCUCAGAAAAACAGCCAAGUUAUUGUGUUCGAAAAGUCAGAUAUUAAGAAAGGUUUUGCGGCAAAGUGGGCUGAAUUUAUUGAUAAGAUUCCGACAAUGACCACUACAGAUAAUUUUGACUUGCUGGUUUUCCGUCUGGUGGCUCUCAGUUCCAUGGAGGGGUCUAGUGCCAUUGUUGAUACCAAAAUUCAAUCCAAUGAAUUUCAGUCCAUUAAAGUUAAAAAGGAUAUUGAUAAAUGGAUCAAACAACAACUUGACGAGACUAUGACCGAAAAAGAAGCAGAAAAAUGCAAAAAUGAUCUUAUAGAGUUCUUGAAAAAAGCGUCGAAGCGAAGCGGGGGUGGAACAAGAUUCGUUCUUUGGACUAAAGAGCAGCUAAACAUAAUUGCAACCAUCUUCAAUGGGAUCACGCAGUCUCCAAAUGAAAAAGAACCACUGCGUGUGAAUGUUCACGGAGCCAAGGGUUCAGGAAAGACAAUGCUCCUUAUUUAUCUGGCCGAGUUAGCCCAACUGUUCUACAAAGAAGAGGCUGCAAACUUCGAUAGCCCCACUGAACGCGGAGAGGUGUUGAUAUGCGACGGGAGCUUUGGUUGCUCUGUUAUGUUGUUUUCGCAACUGAGGCGAACGCUGGAAGCAACAGGGAUAAAACUUGAACUGGGAUUGAACCCGCUGCAAAAAAUUGGACAACUAAAACGAGGUAUCGUUUUUAUAGACGAGGAACAACCCAGUACGCUUUCUUGGUGGAAAAUGUUGCCAGACUAUCUGGAUGAAAAAGUGCACUGUUGUAUCUUUUCAUCUCUGGGAGUCAUUAGAAACACGACUGCAACUAAUCCAAUAAGCAACCUUUUCCUUUCUCACACAAUGAGAUCCACGAUCAAGCUACAAGAAUUCGUCAAUAAUCUACUCAGAAACUGGAUAUUCUGCUAUGAUAUGAAUGGAUCACCCGCUCACAAUCUGGAAGGCACGAACAGUCCCGAAAUAACGUUUGUUGGAGACGAAAACAUGGAGUUGUUUCUGGAAAAAUGUGUAGAGACAAUAAUUAAACACGCGGAAAGUUCCAUGGCGACAAAAAGCAGUUCCAGAAAAGAACCACUAUUUCAUGCUCUCGUGAUUCUUGAUUUCCUGUCCCCUAAAGGCCAACUUGCUAUUCUGGACCGCUUAAAAAAGAAAAACGUAAUUUUGAGAUCAACUAUUUUUGAACUCUAUCCAGAUGGCGGUAAAACAUCGUUCGAUAACCGAG